AUGGAGUUGGCCAAUGGGACUGGAGUGCAGGAAUUCAUUCUGAUGAGCUUUGGUAGUGGACAACAGAAGCGGCUCCUGCUCCUUGUCUUUUUCACCAUUCUCUAUGUGCUCACAUUGGCUGAGAACAUCACCAUCAUUACACUGGUGUUUUUAGAUAUCCACUUGUCCAGGCAGCCCAUGUACAACUUGCUGAGCAACUUCUCCUGGCUAGAGAUUUGUUAUGUGAGUACCACAGUGCCCCGGAUGCUUUUUGACCUGACGUUCCCUCAUGGGAUCAUCACUUUCCGCUCCUGCUUCCUUCAGUUCUAUGUCUUCUUCUCACUGGGCAGCACUGAAUGCUUCUUCCUCUCAGCCAUGGCCUUGGAUCGGUACUUGGCUAUCUGCCACCCUCUGCAAUACCCACAAAUUAUGUCCCAAGACUUCUGCUGUUCUCUAAUGGUCCUUUGUUGGAUCCUUGGCUUUCUGUGGCACAUUUUCCCAGUGAUUUUGAUCUCCAGGUUGUCCUUCUGUGGCCCCAAUGUCAUUGACCAUCUCUUGUGUGAUCCUGGACCAAUUCUAUCCUUGGCCUGCCCGCCACUAGGAAUCGCCCCCAAAGUCUGUGAGAUUUUUAUGAAUGUGGUGGUUUUAGGUAAUGCUUUCUUUGUUGUGCUGUCCUAUAGUGUUGUGAUUCUGACCCUACUGAAAGCUUCCUUCCAAGGCAGCCGGAGGAAGGCCUUCUCUACUAUAUCUUUCCACCUAGUGGUGGUGACACUUUUCUAUGGCUCAGUGGCAGCGGUGUAUUUAACUCCAGCUGGAGAGAGUCAUUCAGCGUUGACUAAAGCAGUGACUGUUUUCUACACAGCUGUUACGCCUUUUCUCAACCCCUUGAUCUAUUGUUUGAGGAAUGAUCAGGUGAAGGAGGCACUCCACAGGCUGCUGAGAAGAAUGACAUCAGUGUAA